AUGGUUGAUGUUAAUGACGAUGAAGUUGUAGAUAAUGAAGUUAAUGAUAAUUAUCUGUUGGUUGAAGUCAAUACUCGUGCAUUAGAACUUUUCGGUAUCACCAGAGAAACUCCAGAACCACCCGAUGGGAAAAUUGGUAAAUAUGAAAAUGGUGAGCUCAACGGUAUUUUAGAAGAUGCCCCAGCCAUGCGUGCGGCUGAUAGCAUACCUUCCAUUCGCGAUGACCAAGCUGUCGAAGUUGCCACGCUCGUGCAAAAAGUGCUGAAUCAACAAGGUGUCACAAUGGUGAUGGAUGCGCGUGUUUCAGAACAGCAAUUAGCUGCUUUCACGCAACUUCAGCAACGCGGUGAGCUGACCUUACGUUUUCAAGCAGCGCGUGAAAUCACCCCAGAUGAAACGCCAAAUGUCGCAUCGGUCGCUGCCGCUGUUGAUAAAGCGGUUGCUUUUGCCCAAAAAUGGCAUCAGGCCGAAUGGACGCCUGCGCCGGGUAUCGGCCUUAACAAUAUCAAAAUGUUCGUUGAUGGUGUCAUGCAGUUCCCAACCAUGACUGCAUCAUUAUUACAGCCAUAUCGUGUCAAUAAAGGGACUGAUGACGCCCCAAACUGGGUUGAAACAGAUAACUAUGGCGACCUUUAUUUCACCGCUGAAAUCCUUGAUGAACUGAUGGAAAAAAUUGCCGCAGCAGGUUACGACCCUCACUUACAUACCGUCGGUGAAGGUGCUGUUUCCAUUGUAUUGGAUGCCAUAGAAAAAAUGCGCGCAGCUCACCCAGAAAAAGAUAUUCGUCCUGGGCUUGCUCAUAACGAACUGGUUCAUGCAGAUGACUACGCACGUUUUGCUCGCCUAAAAACGAUUGCCUGUCUUUCAUUCCAGUGGGCAGCACCAACGCCUGAAUUAGCUGAAUUUGAGAAAAACAUGCUAGGCGAGGAACGUUUUCAACAGCUUGAGCCUAUCGCCAAAUUUGUUGAUGCAGGUGCCGUUGUGGCAUUCGGUAGCGAUUGGCCAAUUGAUGAUUUUGAUGAAUGGUACGAUUUGAAAGUCGCUGCAACACGCCGUGGUCGCGAUAUUAAUGGCCAAAAAGCGCCUCGUUUAGAUAAUGAUCGUGAUCUUACUGUCAUUGAAGUAUUACGCUCUGCAACGAUUGAUUCUGCGUUUGCCCAACACCGCGAAGAUGUUCUUGGUUCGUUAGAAGUGGGGAAAUUUGCUGAUAUGAUUGUUCUUGACCGCAAUGUCUUUGAGAUACCGGCUGACGAUAUUGAAAAUGUUAAAGUGCUGCGUACCAUCGUAGGCGGGAAAACUGUUCAUAUUGCUUAA